UAUGCCACACAAGCGUAUGGUAAGGGUGUUUCGCGUAUAGAGUAGACAAACUUGACUCUAUUGGGAUAGCUCUUCACGCCGAACAUCAGUAUUAUACCCAGAUCAUGGACUGGGACUUGCAGAUGGAGGCUAUGUCCUCCUACGUAGUCGAGUCGGCGAAAAAUAUAACGGUGGCCAUUAGCGAAGCUAUUCCCGACGACAUUCACCAGCACUUGGAAUUAACUCGUAAUGCAUACGAAUCCACAAUCACAGCUAUACGACUGUGGGGUCUGGUGUUCUUGCCUGUGUUCAACUUUCUGUAUUGGCUGGUGGUAAGUGUAUGGAACGUGGUCCUCCCGAUUUUGCCACCGAUCUGGGAAGCGCUGAAGUCGGCGGCAGCGUACAUAUGGCAACUAUUCCUGAUUCAUGUGUGGCCCAGUAUACAUAUACGGCUGAUGCAUAUGAAGCGGAAACUGUCACAAGCCGAUCCACCGACCGUGGCGUUCACGAUAGCUACUAUGUUCAUCUUGGUCAUGGUGUUGAGUAAGAUCAGAUCGUUUAUCAGGGCAGGAUACCUCAAACGUCUGCGAGUGUAUGCUGUUCAGAAGGCCAGGGAUAUGAAUCGCAUGGUUAAGAAGAUGCUGAGCGGACUGGGAGCAAGCACGUUCCAUGUCUGCAUUUUCGCACACGCUUUACUCACUGUGUUUCAUUAUCUGCCAGAGGCAGCUACUGAACCGCUCUCGCAUCCAGCUUUGUUUUGGCUUGUAACACUGUGUUACCCAGCAUACGCUACACUGUGUGCCGUGCACCAGUAUCGAGUGGCUGACCCCAGGCCUUCCACACUGAACAAUCUGAACAGGUGGCUCACGUAUUGGACUGUCAUCGUAGCCCUCGGCGUCGUGCUGCAGGUGUGUCGAUUUUUAUAG